AUGACCUGCCAGGCCUUCAGCACCACUGAUUCCUUCACUGCUCUGAGUGGAGACUCGGCUGCUCUGCCUCUGCUCAUGCACCAUACUGGAGCUUCCGACUGCUUGCCCAUUACCAGCCACACCAGCAGCAUGAUGCCUGCAGUCCCCUCAGGUCUCCCACUGGUCCAGUCAUCCAAACGCUCUCACAUGCACCUGCCCACUUCUGCACUGGGCAAUGCGUCAGCUAGCCUGCACUACCCAAUGCCCCCAUGUCACUAUAGCAACCAGCAGACCACCUACGGCAUGAUGACAGCACAGGAAAUGCUCUCUGCCAGCAUCUCACAGACUCGCAUCCUGCAGACAUGCAGUGUGCCUCAUGCCAACAUGGUCAAUGGAGCAAGCUCAUUGCAAGCAGCUCUGGCUCCACGCCUGUAUAAGUUCCCUGAGCACAGCUUGGGUGGAGGCUCUUGUGCUUUGACACACAGCUUCCCCCCGCUGCCCCAUGCCCUGCUCACAGAUGAACCCGCUCUAAGUGACAUCAAGCAGGAGCUGCACAGGAAAAGCCGGCCACUGGACGAGCCCCCAGAUAUGGACUCACCUCAGAUCCGUGAACUGGAGAAAUUUGCUAAUGACUUCAAGCUGAGGAGGAUCAAACUGGGUUACACUCAGACCAAUGUGGGUGAAGCACUGGCCGCAGUGCAUGGCUCAGAAUUUAGCCAAACCACCAUCUGCCGCUUUGAGAACUUGCAGCUCAGCUUCAAAAAUGCCUGCAAGCUCAAAUCCAUCCUGGCCAAGUGGCUGGAGGAGGCUGAGCAAGCCGGAGCUCUUUUUAAUGAGAAGAUGGGUAUGCAUGAGCGUAAACGGAAACGGAGAACAACCAUCAGUCUUGGGGCUAAGGAAGCCUUAGAAAGAAAUUUUGUGGAGAAGAGCAAGCCCUCAUCUCAGGAGAUUGUGCGAAUGGCCGAAAGUCUCCAUCUGGAGAAGGAGGUGGUCCGUGUGUGGUUCUGUAACCGCAGGCAGCGGGAGAAGAGAGUCAAAACCAGCCUACACCACAGCUCAUUCAUGACCAAAGAGACUGUAUUCUGUAGACCCUGA